AUGUCAGUUAUUUUUUCUUUUUCUUUAUUUCUUUUGCGGGCAUCUAUGACUUCUUUCUUCCUAAGUAUCUUUAUUUCUUUCUUUCGUUUCUUUUAUUUUUCGUGUCUUUUAUUUUUUUUCUUUCUUUCGUUUCUUUUAUUUUUUUUUCUUUCGUUUCCUUCAUUUUUUCUUUUCUUUCUUUUCUUUUUCUUUCAUUUCUUUUCUUUUUUUCUUUCCUUCCUUCGUUUCCUUUAUUUUUUCUUUUGUUCGUUUGUUUUAUUUUUUCUUUCGUUACUUUUAUUUUUUCUUUCUUUCUUUCAUUUCUUUUUUUCUUUUUUCUCCCUUUCAUUUUUUUCUUUCUCGCCUUCGUUUCUUUUAUUUUUCUUUCUUUCUUUCUUUCUUUCGUUUCUUUUAUUUUUUCUUUCUUUCUUUCUUUCUUCCUUUCAUUUCUUUUUUCUUUCUCGCCUUCGUUUCUUUUAUUUUUCUUUCUUUCUUUCGUUUCUUUUAUUUUUUCUUUCUUUCUUUCUUUCUUCCUUUCAUUUCUUUUUUUUUUCUCGCCUUCGUUUCUUUUAUUUUUCUUUCUUUCUUUCGUUUCUUUAUUUUUUUCUUUUUUCUUUCUUUCUUCCUUUCAUUUCUUUUUUUUUUCUCGCCUUCGUUUCUUUUAUUUUUCUUUCUUUCUUUCUUUCGUUUCUUUUCUUUUUUCUUUCUUUCUUCCUUUCAUUUCUUUUUUCUUUCUCGCCUUCGUUUCUUUUAUUUUUCUUUCUUUCUUUCGUUUCUUUUAUUUUUUCUUUCUUUCUUUCAUUUUUUUUUUCUUUCUUCCUUUCAUUUCUUUUUUUCUUUCUCGCCUUCGUUUCUUUUAUUUUUUCUUUCCUUCGUUUCAUUUAUUUUUUCUUCUUUUCGUUUCUUUUAUUUUUCGUGUCUUUUAUUUUUCUUUCUUUCGUUUCUUUUAUAUUUUUUCUUUCAUUUCUUUCAUUUUUUCUUUCUUUUAUUUUAUUUUCUUUAAUUUCUUUUUUCUUUCUUUCCUUCGUUUCCUUUAUUUUUUCUUUUGUUCGUUUGUUUUAUUUUUUCUUUCGUUACUUUUAUUUUUUCUUUCUUUCUUUCAUUUAUUUUUUUCUUUUUUCUUCCUUUCAUUUUUUUUCUCGGCUUCGUUUUUUUAUUUUUCUUUCUUUCUUUCAUUUCUUUUAUUUUUUCUUUCUUUCUUUCAUUUCUUUUUUCUUUCUCGCCUUCGUUUCUUUUAUUUUUAUUUUUUUUCUUUCUAUCUUUCAUUUCUUUUUUUCUUCCUCGCCUUCAUUUCUUUGA